AAAUGGAAGGUGGUAGAUAUUCGGUUGAUUUGGGUAACCUCCAACGCAAUCGAAGGAACGAGAUUGGGAGGAAGAAAUCCCGCAAAGGUAAAGAACUUGCCGGUUCUUCAUCUCAAAGCCGAGAUGAUUUUGAAACGGGUUACCAAAGGCGAGAUGGAGAUGCGAUGUCCGAAGAACAACUCCAACAAGAAUUGGCCCGACAUAAUAACCGCUUUCUACAACAACAACAAAUGCCGACGACCAUUGACGAAGAGGAGCUUGAGGAUGAAGAUGCGGAGGAAUUGGAACCGGAGACGGCCGAGGAGGAGGGUGCCGGCAGCCACGACGCCGACGAACCUGCCUCAUCCCAAACCGCCACCGGUAAUAAAAAAAACUGGUGGAAGUCAAAAGAAAGAACGUUCCCGAUUUUAGCACGGAUGGCUAAGCAAGUACUAUCAAUGCCGGUUUCAACAGUUGCUGUGGAACAAGAAUUUAGUUCUGCCGGCAACGUCCUAACGGCAUCUAGAUCGAGAUUGAGCGCGGAGUCUCUUGAGACGCUUAUAUGCUACCACGAUUGGUUGAAUGUUGCACGUAGAACUCAAGAAUUGAGCAUCACCCCCUCCCAAGAUUUUAUGGAUGACUCAACAACUGAUGGUGACUCUACCUAUGCCGGAGAUUCCGAUUGAUUAGUAUUUUAGAAUUUAUUAUAAAAUGUAUUUUAUAGCACUUGUCAAAUUUAUUUAUACUUGUACUUCAUAUUUCAAAAUUGUAAACUUG